GCUACAAUUUAUCAUAGCCACUCAGCUAUAGUCAGCUUUCCGAAACAGAUUUGUGUCAUUUAAAGUAAUCAGGGUAACUGUUCGUUAGUGUAGUACAGAGAAAUGACUUGAACAAAGCCAACAAUGUGCUUAGUGUAAUGGAUUUCAAACGGACAUCGGAGUUAUAUAGCUAGGUAACCAGGUAGCAUAGCUAACUGCUAAUAACAAUUAGCAUUGUUCUCUCUGGACCCUCUUUCUGACCUGAACCUAGUGGUUUCAUCACUAGUUUGUCAAAAAAAAAAUAAAAAUAAAAUAACCAGUCUACGAGGUAGCUUGCAACUGUGUAUUUGAAGAUGGACAAGUUUGUAGUGCGGCUUCCCAAAGGGGAAACACCUAAAACAUCGAAGAGCAACCAGAAGGUUUACAAACAAGUUACAAUUGAAUCUUUACGGAGAGUGGUUGUGAUUGAGGAUAUAAAGCGCUACAAGUCCAUCUUGGAGCUUCCACAGCAGAGCAAGGACAACCUGCUGAGUGCCCUGACAGACCUGAGCAAGAAGAUCCCAUCCAGGGAGGUGCUGAAGUCCACAAAAAUAGGUCACACUGUCAACAAAAUGAGAAAGCAUCUGGACCCUGAGGUGAGUUCAAUGGCAGCAAAGGUUUACACCGACUGGAGGACAUUCAUCGAGGAGAAUUCCAAUAAGCCAUCUAUUGAAGUGCGCGCGGACAAACAGUCUGAAGGACUCAGGAGCAACGCGAAAAGACUAAUGUCUGAAGCCUUGGAGGUCAAGGAGGAUUCUGGUCUCAUUGACAACAUUGAGAGGGAGGUGUUUCACCAGAGCUCCCGGUUAGUCAGCAGCUCAUACAGGCGGACUGUUAGAGCACUGGUGUUCGCCUUCAAACACAACCCUGAGAUCAAAACUCAAGUGAAGGACAGCACAAUGUCAGUCAACCAGCUGGUUUCUAAGUACAAGAAAUAACCGGUAAUCAACUAGGUUGAACCUUCACCUUGAUAUUGAAGACUUCUGGGUGUAUUACUUGAAAUUUGUCAAGAUUUUUUGAAUGCACGCACAUUUUAUAUUUUAACUUUUUUUUUUUUUAAAUUACUUUAUUGAUUUUCUGUAAAGGAGAUAUAAAAUACUUUUACACAUUGUGGCACAUCAGCAGCCUAAAACACUGUUUUAUAAAUGCAUGUACAUCACAGUCAGAAUGUGGAAUUUAAAGUUGGUGGUGAUGAUUAUGCUGUUUCUUCGUACUGGAAUCAUGAAGUUUUUUUUUGUUGAUAGUGGCUCUGUUUUUAUACUGUGGAUGAACAUUUUUAUACAAAAUAUGAUUGAAAAUAUGACAACUUCAGCAUCAGAGUCUU